AGGGGGGCAGAGGAGAAACUGACGCCCUUGACGUGGGCACAUGGGAUUGGGAUACAGCAGCGAUGGAAUCACAUUUGGCUCUGAUAGAUCAGUCCUUCAACGUUCGGUACUCAUCCUGGGUUCGAGAAGCUCUAGAUGAUCUACCUGAUAAUUUCACCAUUACCGAUCCUUGCAUUUCAGGUCAUCCGAUCGUCUUUGCCAGCCGGGGAUUCUUGAAAAUGUCUGGUUACUCUAAAGAUGAAGUGAUUGGGAAGAAUGCGAGGAUGCUUCAGGGUCCGGGAACCAACCGUAAAUCGGUAAUGGAGAUUCGAGAGGCCAUUAGGGAGGAAAGGACUAUUCAAUUGAGUUUAUUGAACUAUCGGAAAGACGGGACACCCUUCUGGAUGUUGUUUGAUUUGAGUCCUGUUUUCAGCGAGGAGGAUGGCAGGGUGAUUCACUUUAUCGCGGUUCAGUUGCCCAUAUCAAGGAAAUCUACUGCUUUUACUUCUGGGUUUGGAAGGAAUGGUUUUGAUUUUGGUGUGGAGGGCUCUAGAUUUCCAGAAAUCGUAUCUGGGUCUUGCAGAAAGGAGCUGUGCAUGGAUUCAGUGAUGCAGUCUGUCCCUCUUUUGGCGCAUGGUUCAUUGGAGGAUUUCGAUACUAGAGAAUUGGAGGCUGAAGAGUCAUGUGAGGCAAAUGAUCGGGAGAAACAGAAAGCUGCUGCAUCAAUUAACAACAUCCUAUCAGUGCUAACUCACUAUAGUGAGCUAACCGGCAAACUUGUCUGUGGGAAGAGAUCCAAAUUAUUCGGGACAAAUCUUCUUGGUUCAUCCUUAAUUAUAUCUCUUGGUAGAAUCAAACAGAGCUUUGUAUUAACUGACCCUCACUUGCCUGAUAUGCCCAUUGUAUAUGCGAGCGAUGCAUUUUUGAAAUUGACAGGCUAUGCUAGACAUGAAGUGUUGGGGAAGAAUUGUAGAUUUUUAAAUGGACCUGAUACAGAUGCCGAGGUUGUAUGCCAGACAAGGGAAAGCAUCCAAGCUGAGCAACCCUGUACAGUACGUAUUUUGAAUUACAGGAAGGAUGGAAGUUCAUUCUGGAACCGUCUUCAUAUUUCUCCAGUUCGGAAUGCUUCUGGAAAGAUAGCAUUUUAUGUUGGGGUGCAGAAAGAAGAAGGUUGUAAGAAUGAGUGUGGCCGAGGGUUGAACCCAGAGAUAGGGCAGCUUGGUGCUGUGGGUGCAGUCAAGGUUGCAGUAAGGAGCUUAUCAAUGGGAGUUGGGCCUUCCAAAUCAUAGGGAUGCAUCUCUGUUCAUUGGUAUGGAUUAUGGGAAUUCUGUACUUUUCUCUAUUGAGUGGUUCAGAGUGUAACCAUUUGUAAUCACAUUAGAUUCUAACUGCACCUGAUACAAGGACCCUGUGCCCCAAAGAAAAGGAGGAAAAAUGUAAGGCGUUUAUAUGUAAUGUAUAUACAGAUGUUCAA